AUGGCCGAAGCGGGAGAAGCCGACCAGACGUCGGCGAAUGUGAACUGGCUGCUAGAAGCGUAUCAGGAAGACCCUGAAGACGCAUUGUACGCCGAGGACGUGGCGUGUUCCACUCCAACAAUGGAGAAGCCUGUCGACCAAGACGGCGAGAUCAAGCACAUUCUCGACGGCAUGAUUGCCGAGGCCACCCACCUUGGCCUCUCCCCUGCGCAGGAAGGCGAACUCCAGCGUAUUUUGGGUGAUCUCGGCGAUGUCUUUCGUCUGGAAUUUGGGCAAGACUUGCCGGUGGAUGUUGAGCCGUUGAAAGUACCGCUGAAGGAAGAAGCAGUGCCCAUAAAGUGCGCUUUGCGCCGGUACCCGCAGGCCCACAUGGGUGGCAGCGCCGCGUACUGUCACCAAGAAAGCCCCGGGCGAAUAUCGAAUGACUAUCACCUCUCGCCCGAUCAACGCAUGGACGAUCCCCAUGCCCUCGCCGAUGCCAAACUUGGACGCCGCGAUGGUGACGGGUAUUGGCAGUUGCCAGUGCACCCAACCUGCCAGAUGUGGUACUCGUUCUUGACACCGUUCGGUGUCUACACGCUAACUAUAAUCCUCACGGGACAGGCGGACGCCAUGGCCUAUUACCAGUCCGUGGUGAACGAAAUGUUCGGCGGACUGUUGUACGCCGGGGUGCUGUCCAUCUGCGGCAAGUUCCACCUCAAGCUGCAUCCGAAGAAGUGCGAUUUCUUCUUGAAGAAAGCAACGUGGUGCGGGAAAGUGAUUUCUGCCGAAGGGAUCACCCAUUCCCCUGAUCGAGUUCAUGGCCUGUGUGCACUGGAGACGCCAACGUCUGGCGCCGAUCUGCAACAAUUUGUAUGCGCGACAAAUUGGAUGCGCCGCUCCAUCUCCAGCUACUCGGAACUGAUUGAUGCGCUGCGGGGCCUGUUGGACGUGGCGGCGAAGGCCGUUGGUGGGUUGAAGAAGACGGCGCUGGCGCGAAUCAAGUUGGCUACCGUCGGGUGGGCGUCCGAACACGAUGCGUGUUUUGUAGCGGUCAAGGACACGUUGCGGCAAAUGGUGCCGCUGUCGCAUCCAUCUGCAGACAAGAUCAUUUGCCUAUACACCGAUGCCAGGGACACGCAUUGGGGUGCCGCCUGCACGCAGAUCCCGUCUGAAGAACUGGAGUUGCCCCCGUUGGCGUUUUUGAGUUGUGGGUUUGACGGUGCAAGUGCUCGAUGGCUGACGGUGGAGAAAGAAGCGUUUGCGAUUUGCGAUCGUCGAGUCGUGCAAAUGACUGGGGUACCUGCUGCUCCGGCAGCAGGGAUUCAGACUAUGGCUCGGUACCAAGCCCGCAAGCUCCAAAGGUGGGCUAUGGUGAUGACGACCUUACCCUACACCGUCCAGCAUGUGGCGGGGGAAGCGAACGUAUGGGCGGACCUGCUCAGCCAAUGGGGUGCCGCUUCAUUACCUGCGACAGUGGCGAGAGUGCAACAACUGGUUGUUGUCUCGCUCCUACAAGACAAGAAUUUUGCCUGGCCGACGCCGGCGAAAAUACUGGGAAUACAGAAGGCAGCCUGGAAAGCUGCCGAUAAAGACGUCCCCAAUGUGACAAGGAGCGCCAGCGACGGGUAUUACGUGACUGUCGCUGGGAAGAUUUGGAUUCCCGAGGUCGCCGAGGAGCUGCAGCAACAAGGCGCGGCCGGUCGCCGCGGAGUGGACGCGACAACCCAAGGCAGCGCGCUGAACCACCAGCCGGCGGACCACCUCGGCGAUGUGGCUCUAGUGACGGCAUUUCAAGGCUUGCCGUCUACAACAACUUUAGCUGGGUUCGUACACCCAAGGACCAAGGAAGUACUCACGAAGUUGCAGCAGCAGGUGCGAGACUACCGCGAGAAGAAAGCGCAUGUGCACUUGGCCAAGUUUGCACUGGGCGAUUUUGUCCAACAUCUUGUGGGACCAUUCGCGACAUCGGUCCACCAUGCCAGCCGACUGAAGUUUUUAAGCGAUGUCGCAUUAGACGUUACCCAUGCCCUGGUGGACUAUGCCGAGUUUGGCGAUGAAGGGUUCUUCAAGGGCCUGGACGAAGAAGAAAGUUCAUGGGAGCCAGCCCUCCAACUCUAUGAAGACAUUGCCGUCGUCCUGCGCCGCUGUAUUGUGAAGAACGCCAGCGACGGCGUCAUCAAGGCAAUGUGCGACGACUUAGAGGUGACCUUGGGCCAUCCUCUGUAA